AUGCUGUAUUUGUAUGCAUUACUGAUUGAUUUAUCCGGAAAUGAUGCGGAUGAUGCGAAUACGUAUCACGACGACGAGCGCAACUACCAAGUACUGGAUUCGGGUGAUGAAUCCGAGGAAGGUGACCUGAAUGAUCUGGAUAAGAGUGACUCCGAAGCAUCUGUGUCGGACACUAUUGAUGAGGAUGAUGGCGAUGUCUUCUCAACCGAAGAACGCCACUUUGCAUAUCAUUUUUUGGAAAAAAUGGGUGGUGAAGACAAGGUUCUUGCUGGUGAAAUUCUCGGUCCUGCCUUGAAGGAAGUAGCAACUACUGGAUGGCAUGAACGGGAAAGUCCUGACGUGGAAGAAUUUCUACAGACGCCGUACACUCCGGUUUCAGAUGGUGAUGAAUAUCCUGAUCUCCUGAAAGCUCAACACGGACCCACCGAAGCGGCGCUCAAUACGGGUGGUUCACCAAUAGCUCUAUUUUUCCUCUUCAUGCCGGUGUCGAUGUGGCAGCAUAUCUCCGAGUGCACUUUGGAACGCCGCGCCAGGGCAGCGGGGAGUGUUGUGACGCCAACCAAGAAGACGAAAACUCGCCGUGAUGUACGGCAAGAUUUUCUGUCGGUGAAGCCCGUUUUACCUCAUGAAAUCUGCGUGUACAUUGGACUUCUCGUCGCUCGGACGGUCAUGCCCAAUCGCGAGAAAUUAGCAAACCAUUGGCGGCAAGAUGACGUCGGUGCAAUUUCAAGGGAAAGUUUUGGGCAAUUCUUGGCUCGAGACCGGUUUCUUGACAUCCGUCGAAACCUUCACUUCAACAGCAACCAAGACCCACGUGCCAAGACUGAUCGUGCUUGGAAAAUCCGAUCUGUAGUGAACAUUUUGCACCAGACUUUCGUGAGUUCAUACAUCCCUCCUGCGGAAUUAUCUUUUGAUGAAGCCAUGCUUCCGUCUCGGUCGUGCUACAACCGUACUCGAAUGUAUAUGAAAGAUAAGCCGCACAAGUGGGGGACAAAGCUUUUUAUGCUUUGCUGUGCGCGCUCUGCUUAUUGCAUUCGAUUUGAAGUUUACUGUGGGCAAAAGCAACACAUUGCGGAGUCUGGCGUUGUGGACAAGAAAUCGGGUCCUGCUGCGGUUGUGCGCAACUUGAAGGCGGUGUUUGGUGACAAGCCUGCUGGCAAGGCCAUGCGACUCGUAGUGGUUGAUCGCUUUUACACCUCUAUCGUUCUGGCGCCGCCGAGGAUUUUGCAAGGCCGUGGUGUGGUGACGAAGAAGAAAACAAGACCCAAGAAUAUUCCACGCGGCUCUGUCACGUUUGCGCGCUCUAAACACGUGAACAACAUGGCUGCUAUUUGCUGGUGGGACAGCAAGCCUGUUCAUUUUGUAUCAGUCGGUGGAAAUCUUUCGCUGGAUAGAGUGGCUCGGAGAGAGAAGACUGGUGAACAGAACGAGAUUGCCUGCCCGAAGGUGAUCAAGGACUAUCAUCGCUUCAUGGGCGGAGUUGACGUUCAUGAUCAACUCCGCCUCCACCGCUACUCUGUCCAGAGAUCGAUCACUUACCGCACGUACUACAAGUCGUUGUUCCUGGGGCUUGUCGAUCUGGCCAUCACGAACGGGUUCAUUGUGCAUCGCGCGUACUGCAAGAUGAAGAAGACAAAGGCGAUGACGCAUGUACAGUACAUGUGUAAACUGCAUCAGCAGCUUAUUGGUCUCAGUGAGGACGACAUGUACGAAGAAAACACCUUCCUGCCUGAUGAAGACAUAUCCGUGGAAGAGGAAGUCUUUCCCGACACAGAGAGUACCAACCACAGCCCAAAGCAGAACGACGACUGGCGCGACCAUUCGGGACAGCGGAAGAGGGUACAGAAGAACUGCAAGGUGUGUGCCAUGAGAACGGAAGGCAAGCGAGGGGCCACUACAACCUACUUCUGCGACAACUGUGACUUUGUGGGGCCGAUUUACUUGUGCGUCAAGCCGAAGUGGCUGGAGUCUAACAAAAUGAUGAGUUGCUGGGAUAUUUGGCACAAGGUGUACAAGAACGGUAAAGAGAUUCCAGAGGCCAUGAAGACCAAGAACCGCGUGCGUGCUCCAAGGACGGCGGGUUCUCCAGGGAAGUCGCCAGCCAAGCGUCGACGCGUAGGCUCUGCCGAAUCGGAAGACUCUGAAGACUCCGAUGCUUCUGAAGAUUCCAAGUAG